AUGGUCCGAUUUCUGCUCCAAAAUGGCGCAGACCCACGCGGCAGCUCAAAGUCAGGUCCUGCCAUCUGCAGAGCGGUAUCAAACAAGAACCUUGAGACGGUAAAAGCGCUCCUCGAGCAUCAUGCGGAUGUGAACGACUACGGUAGCGGAGGAUACUCAGCGUUACACGAUGUUGGGACACACUUUUGGGUGAAUGAUCCCACUGGGGAGUCUGGCGAGCCGCCAUCGGUUACCAUGACAAAAGUGCUCCUGGAGGCCGGCGCGGACAUCAACGCGUGUAUGGAAAUGGAAAAUUUCACUCCUGUACACAUUCACCUGAAACGACACACUGAAGUGCUCGAAACAAUUCUGGACGCCAAACCGGAUCUGGAGAUUAAGACAUCUCCAACAUGCUAUAUUCCCGGUAUGACGCCUCUGGCGCUCGCAGUAUGGGAAGAGAAAGUUGAAGCCGCCAAGAUCCUCCUCGCCGCAGGCGCAGACCCAAACACGAAGACAGGGCAUAAAGGAGGCGCCCCGCUCCAUCUCGGCAUGAAGGAGGACCUCGUCCGCGCCCUGCUCGAGUAUGACCCGGAUUUGCACUUGGAGAACGACGAGGGCGAAACACCGCUCAAUGCCCUCCUCAGUCUGACCAGAGAGGAGAAGAAGGACGAAUGGGUCGUGGUAGGGGAGGUUUACGCCCCAGACAAGGAGACUGGGAUCACGCUUCCCGUUAUCGAAAUGCUGCUUCGCAAAGGCAGCGAUGUCAACUACCCGAACAAAGCUGGACAGACCCCACUGUUCAAAGCGCUGAACAAGCCCGAUCUGGCCAUUGCACGUCUGCUGUUGAGCCGGGGAGCCAACCCAAAUCACAUCAGCAGAGAAGACGGCAUGCCACUCCAUUCGGCGUGUCGGAGUGGGACUUGGGAGGCUUUUCGACUGAUAUUCGACAAAGUCGGCUUCGCCGAGAAAGCGCUUUACGGCAUUGGAAGUGUCGUCAACGCGACGUGCAUGCGUGAUGGUGGCGAAGAGGUGCCACUCCAAAUCCUUAAGCACUUGCGCAAAACGGUUGGUCGACAGAAGAUGCACCUGAAUCAGAAGUGCGGUUCGUAUGGCUGUGCACUGAGCUCUGCAUGCUUCUGGAGCUCUGAGGGCGUUAUCGGUUGGCUGCUCAAGCACGGUGCCCGCGUCCGGACCAAAGAUCAUGCCGGUCGGCGUCCCAUCCAUUUCGCUGCGUACCGGAACACCUCCAUCUUCAGCCAGAUAUGCGAGGCUGGUGGCGACAUUACGGCUCGUGACAAGAUUGGCAGGGACAACUGGGCCCCGCUUCAUUACGCGCUGCUCCUCGAUGACGAUAUCUGUUCCGCCCGAGACUUCAAAGUACGUGGUCAUGAAGACGAAAACUGGUCAAUUCUGAGGCUUGCAUGGUAUCACGGCGCGAAAGCAGAAAUACGCCGCAUGCUGGAGACGUCUCUGAAGAAGCAGCAAGGGCGACACUAUUGGGAUACAAUUGGACCAGAGUUCACGGAAGAGGAAGAUUACAUGGAGGAAGACGAGUCCACAAACGAGGACGAGCCCAUGGGAGAGGAUGGGGAGGACGAUGACGAGUCCAUGGAGGAGGAUGUGGAGUACGAUGAGGACCAUUCUAUGGAAGACGACAGUGAUACGGACGAUAGCGGUUCUGAGGAUGAACUGUGA